AUGAACACUCCUCAUGAAAGGCUUCAAGCUAUCAAAGAGCAAAAUGCAGAAGCGGUGCGGCUGAGGCACAAAACACCUCCUGGUCCGCCGCCCCCGCCGAUGGACUGGAGGGAACCUAACAAAAAUCCAAGAAUGGUAAAGUUAAGAAGAUUCGAGCCAGGAAGAGUUCCUGGCUCUCGCGAAAAGUCAGAGAUUGAGCAAGUUUCACUUGGCGAAGGAGAAAUCCUGCUUUAUUCGAAGGAGCUGGCAUCUUCCAACGCGGAAGACUCGAUUCUUCGCAAAGGAGGUUUUUCGUGGAUCUCUUGCAAUACAUCAGUCGAGAGCUACCUUCAAGGCUCGAAGCAGCCCAUGUGCGGUCUUGCUGCUUCGCUGAUGGCGGCAGAAGCGAUCCGAGUGCCCUUCGCCCAGAACUUAGAUUUGGAAGAUUUCUUCGAAAAGGCGAAGGAACGGGGCUACACAAAGCAGGGUGAGAUGUUCGAGGCCCAAGAUCUGGCAAAACUUAUCGAAGAAAUUCUCCUGUGCGAGACUGAAGUGCUUCAAGGCCCGAUUGAUCAGUACCGCAGAAAGAUUCUCGAGCAUCUCGCAGCUGGUUAUCCAUUCCUAAUUCCCCACGAUGCUGAUCAUGAUCACAGACCGACGAAAAAGAACGGCGAGAAGAGCCACUGGGGAAUCGUGACUGGUUUCCUUGUUGGAGCGCAAAUCGACACCAAUCAAAGAGGAAUCGUCAAAACUCCUGGAACAAAAGUGAAAAAUCAUUUCUUCUGCAAAAAGUGGGGGAAAAUCAAUAAAGAGACAAAAGAUGCAAUUUUCGACGUCGAUCCCUCAGAAAACCCCCUUUUCCUUUUUGCUAAACAAGGGCGAGCUCCAGGUUUGAAAAUUUGGAGCUGGGAGUCUCUAGCAGAAUCGAACACUCAAUUGUUCAACUUUGACACGUCGCGAUUUCCUGGCGACUAUAUUCUACCCGCUGGUGGUCCAGCAGAAGGCCUAAAUGAAAAGUCAAUUCUAAUCCGACCAAGAAGUAACCAAAGCUAA